CGUUGCGGUGUCACGUGACUCUAAUAUCCAAUCGGAACUGCGGCUCGCUAGCGUCACUUUUGUUUGUCGGCCGAGUCCAUUUCUAAUUCGGAAGCGGCUGGGUUUUCGCCAUAUUGGCUCCUAGGGGCAUCUGGCUGAGGCACGUUCGCUUCUCUACCGCCUGACGCACACUUCAAAAAGAGGAACCAGGACUUUUGCUCGGUGUUUUUAUUUAAAAAAAAGUGUUUUGUGUAUUUUUUUGUUUUUUCUUUUUAAUCGGACGACUCUGGUGAGAUAGUCUCGGUGGAACGCUUUUAUGAUGGGUCAAACGUCGCCUAAAGACGAGGGUUGCGUCGUCAAAGUACGCGGGCUACCAUGGUCGACUACGGAAGAAGAUAUAGUCAAGUUCUUCUCUGAGUGCAACAUUCGCAAUGGGAAGAAGGGCGUCCAAAUGACCCUUUCUAGGGAAGGGAGACCCAGCGGGGAAGCUUAUAUUGAAAUGGAGACCCCCGAGGAUGUGGAGCUUGCGUGCAAAAAGGAUCGGGACUACAUGGCUCAUCGAUACAUCGAAGUAUUCAAGGCCAACAAAUCUGAAAUGGAUUGGGUCGUUGAAAGAUGCGGUCACAACAUGGAAUUGAGCCGAGAUGAUGCUUGCGUCCGCCUCCGCGGUCUUCCAUUCGACUGCACCAUCGAUGAGAUAAUUUCAUUUUUUAGAGGACUGGAGAUAGUCGGUAACGGGAUAAUACUGGCGACGGACAGCAGUGGGCGAACAACAGGGGAGGCAUACGUACAGUUUGUUAACAAAGACACGGCAGAGGCAGCUCUGCUCAAACACAAGGAAAAAAUAGGCCACAGGUACAUUGAAAUAUUCCGGAGCAGCAUUGCUGAGGCUAAACUUGCCGCCGCCCCAAAAAUGAGGUCUGGCUUUUCAAUGAACCAGAGGCACACCCCUUAUGACAGGAAUGAGCGAUUUGGUGGUGUCAACAGGUACAAUUCAAUGUCAAGGAACAACCAAAGGAACUUCAGAGGAAUGGGAGGAGGUGGUGGUUUCAACGAUUUUGAUGAUGGCCCUUGGGAUCAGAACAACAGCGGUGGCGUUUGGGACAUGCCGUCACACAACAGGGGAGGAAUCAAGCCACUCAUCCCUAACCUUGAUCGGGGCAAUUUUGGUGGAUCUGGAAACUGGCAACCUCCGACGCAUUGUAUUCACAUGAGAGGGCUGCCGUUUAGAGCGAGCCAGGCCGACAUUGCUGAUUUCUUUAGGCCAAUAAUCCCCGUCAGCAUCAGGAUUUUAUUUGACAACCAUGGCAGACCAUCGGGAGAAGCUGAUGUUGAGUUCGGAUGCCACGAUGAUGCAGUCAAAGCUAUGGCAAAAGAUAAGAGUCACAUGCAACACAGAUACAUUGAGCUUUUUAUGGAUUCAACUCCUGGUGGUGGUGGCGGAGGCGGUGACAGAGGAUUUGGUAGUGAUAAUGGAUAUAAUGGAGGAGGCAAUUUCCGCCGAGGAAUGAGCAGUGGUGGAGGCUUCCAAAGGAGAUAUUAAAUUUUAAACUUAUGACUACAAGUUCAAAUAUUAAUUUUCGAGUUUUUGUUUUUUGUUAAACAUAAGUAUAUGCACCCGCUAACUUGGAUGAACAAGAUUUCUAAACUAAUUAGAAAUAGAAGUACGUACUCCAGAUGUAUAUUUUGGUGGAAUUGCAAUUAUAUGAUUAAUUCUGUAAUGCUCUAUUUUGUAUUUUUUUCUCUUGUAACUUAUUUAGUAAUUAACUUUGAUAGCAAAAGUGUGCCACAAAAUAAAGACCUCUUUUUU